CGCCCCCUCCCCGCGGGCGGCGGGCGGCGGGAGCGAGCGAAGGGCGGGUGCGCGCGCAGGCUGGCUCCCCUCCGGGCGGGCAGGGUUUCUUAUAGGAGGCGCGAGCCCCCCCCACCCCGUGGAUUAUGUCGGUGUCCCCCGUGAAGCGGCAGAAGAUGGAGUCGGUGCUGGACCAGCUCAAGCACCACACCACCGUGGUGGCCGACACCGGCGACUUCAACGCAAUUGAUGAGUAUAAGCCCCUGGAUGCCACCACAAACCCAUCUCUGAUACUAGCUGCUGCUCAGAUGCCAGCUUACCAGGAACUUGUGGAUGAUGCUGUUGCCUAUGGGAAAAAACUUGGCGGGUCAGAAGAGGAACAGAUCAAAAAUGCUUGUGACAAACUCUUUGUACUAUUUGGAGCUGAAAUAUUGAAGAGGAUACCUGGCCGUGUGUCCACAGAAGUAGAUGCAAGGUUGUCCUUUGAUAAGGAAGGAAUGAUUCAAAGGGCCAGGCGCCUCAUUGACCUUUAUAAGGAAGCAGGAAUUGGUAAAGAUCGUAUUCUCAUAAAGCUCUCUUCAACAUGGGAAGGAAUCCAGGCUGGCAAGGUUCUGGAAGCAGAGUAUGGGAUUCACUGCAACAUGACCUUGCUGUUCUCCUUUGCUCAGGCAGUUGCCUGUGCUGAAGCUGGAGUUACUCUGAUUUCCCCAUUCGUAGGACGUAUCCUGGAUUGGUAUGUUGCAAAUGGAGAUAAAAAAACCUAUGAGCCUUCAGAGGACCCAGGAGUGAAGAGUGUCACUAAGAUCUACAACUACUACAAAAAGUUUGGCUACAAAACUAUUGUGAUGGGUGCUUCGUUUCGAAAUACGGGAGAAAUAAAAGCGCUUACAGGCUGUGACUAUCUCACUAUUUCACCCAAGCUUUUGGCAGAGCUCAGCAAAGAAUAUGUCAAGUUAACUCCCACACUCAGUGUAAAAGAGGCUCAGGCAUGUGAGCUUGAGAAGAUCCACCUGGAUGAGAAGGCAUUCCGCUGGCACCAUAAUGAAGACCAAAUGGCUGUGGAGAAAUUAUCUGAUGGGAUCAGAAAAUUUGCUGCAGAUGCAAUUAAGCUGGAGAGGAUGUUAAAGGAGCGAAUGUUCAGUGCUGAAAAUGGAAAGUAAAAAAAUCAGAAUCUUCCUGAGUGGUCAAGGCUGAAUGAGUGGAUCACCUGAGGUUAAAUGGAUGUACAAAUGUCUUACCUGUAAAAGUCUUAUGCUAUGUAUGGAUAGAUUUCUGUAUCAUGCUUUUUUAUCAAUUUGCAAAGGGACAAAUAGAAUUUCAAAUUUUUGUGGCACUUUUGUCAAUACAUGCAAAUUAACACAGACUUCCCUUGUAAUGUGUUCAUUUCACUGCUGCAGGAAACACCUGAUAUAGUAUUUUAAUUUUUUAACUUUUUGUAUUAAAUUCCUAAUUAAGUCUACACUCCUAAUACAUUAAGAAAGCAGUUUUGUCUUUCAUGCUGUUUUACUGUGAUUAAAGACAAGACACAGGUUUCAAAAGCCCUCCUUGGUACAAAACCCACAAGUACUCUUAUAAGACAUGUAUGUAUGUAUGUAUACACACUAAAUCAAUAUAGUUUUGUCCCUUCCUUUCUUCAUUCUGCAGCCAAGGUAGCACCAGUAGUGACUUACUGGUUGGCAAACCUGGUGAAAGCCAUCAUAAUUAAUAUUUCAAGGCUUUUUAACGGGGGGGGGGGAGGGGGGAAGCUGUAUCAUAAGCAAUUUUUAGGAGUUUUGUCAAAUACCAGUUUUGUUUAUGACUUGCCUAAGAGCCCAAAGCAAGGUAACAGCAAGAAGAUGGAAUUGAUUGAAGCUGAAAAUGCCACUGCGAUUACAACACAGGCAUAAACUACAAGUACCCUGAUGCAGUUAAUUUUGAAAGUGUAGCCUUCAAUAACGUGUCUCAAGCAGUUAAUAAAUAACUUGAUAAUGGGUUAAUCUGAA